GGCUAGGAGCCCACUGACCAGGUCGACUGGGAAACGCCCCGGUCAGCGGCCAGGCCAGUGUGGUCCUGUGUCCCCAGGCAGCAGUUUGGUGCAGACCAUGGCCUCCCAGCAGCUGCUGGUGGCUCCCCCAAAGGGCCUGCGCCGGCCCCUUGUUCUCCCCUACCAGCUCCUGCUGGGGCCUGGACCCUCGAACUUGGCACCCCCAAUGCAGGUGGCCGGCGGGCAGCGAAUGAUCGGGCACAUGCACACCAGCAUGUUCCAGGUCAUGGAUGAGAUCAAGCAGGGCAUCCAGUAUGCCUUCCAGACCCAGAACGCUCUCACACUGGUGGUCAGCGGCCCGGCGCACUGCGCCCUGGAGACAGCCCUGUGUAACCUCCUGGAGCCUGGCGAUGCCUUCCUGGUCGGGGCCAAUGGCAUCUGGGGGCAGCGGGCAGCUGAGAUUGGAGAACGACUGGGGGCCCGAGUGCACCCCAUGAUCAAAGACCCUGGCAGCUACUACACCCUGCAGGACGUGGAAGAGGGCCUGAACCAGUACAAGCCAGCGCUACUGUUCCUGACUCAUGGGGAAUCAUCCACUGGGGUCAUACAGCCCCUCGACAGCUUUGGGGAGCUCUGCCACAGGUACAAGUGCCUGCUCCUGGUGGACUGCGUGGCCUCCCUGGGAGGGGCUCCCCUCUACAUGGACCAGCAAGGUAUUGAUGUCCUGUAUGCCGGCUCCCAGAAGGUCUUGAAUGCCCCUCCUGGGAUGUCCCUCAUCUCCUUCAGCGACAGAGCCAAGAGCAAGGUGUACAACCGCAAGACGAAGCCCUUCUCUUUCUUCAUGGACGUCAAGUUGCUGGCCAACAUCUGGGGCUGUGACGGCCAGCCCAGGAUGUACCAUCACACGGUUCCUGUCAUUGGCUUAUUAGCUCUCAGAGAGAGCCUGGCCCUCCUGGCGGAGCAGGGCCUGGAGAGGAGCUGGCAGCGACACCACGAGGUCACCCAGUAUCUGCAUCGCCGCCUGCAGGAGCUGGGCUUACAGCUAUUUGUGAAGGACCCGGCGUUCCGGCUGCCCACAGUCACGACGGUGGUCGUGCCUGCCGGAUACCGCUGGAGGGACGUCAUCAGCUAUGUCAUGGAUCACUUCAGCAUUGAAAUCACCGGUGGCCUGGGCCCCACAGUGGGGAAGGUGCUGCGGAUCGGCUUGCUGGGCUGCAACGCAACGCGGGAGAACGUGGACCGCCUGGCGGAUGCCCUGAGGGAGGCCCUGCAGCACUGCCCACAGCACCAGCUGUGAG